AACGUAUCAUCUAUUUUAUAUAGCUGUUCGUAAAUCUUUUAAAAAUAAUUUCAUUGUUUGUUUUAUAUGGCGAUAUAAUCUACAUCGUAGGGAGCCUUCUAAAAAUCAAGGCCAUUUGUUACCACGCAGGUCACGUGAUGUACCCAAAGUUCCUGCUGAAGAGAAAACUUGGCCAGGUCCUGGUCGUCAUAGGGUUAAGCACAACUUUGGUCUGUGUGUGGCUCUCACAGCUGGAGUGGGACGCGACAAAUGAGGAUUUGUUCAGAAAACGACCUCGGAGGAAUGUAAACCCAAAUUUAAACCAAGACUUUGUUAUCGUUAACACUCUUUUGAAAGAAAUACGAGGCAAUAAUGAAGACACGGAAGCAGAGGAACUGAACAAGGGAGAUAAUCUUGGCGACGCAGAAGAGUUUCAACCAAAAGAGUAUGACGCAGGAAGUGAAAUCAAGUCUGAGUUCGAAAAGGAAAUCGACGACAUUGCAAAGCCCUGCCCACUCUACCCUACCGAUGAUCUGAUUGGUCGUCUAGCAGGCCUCAAGCAAUGCGUUGCCCCGGAAGAGCUCCCGAUUCUUUACCCGGAAGUAGAAAAAGGUGGUCGGAUCAGACCUAAAAAUUGUGUCGCGCAGGAAAGGGUUGCGAUUAUCAUUCCCUUUCGAAAUCGUUUCGUGCAUCUUUACAUCCUGUUAAAUAAUUUAAUCCCCAUGAUGCAACGGCAGAAAAUCGACGCCACAUUUUUCGUUAUAGAACAGGCCCCUCCCACCCUCUUCAACAGAGCCGCGUUAUUCAACGUCGGUUUUCUGGAAGCUUCGAAACUGGGGAACUUCGAUUGUUUUAUAUUUCACGACGUCGAUCUAAUUCCUCUCAACGACAGGAAUUUAUACCGUUGUGACGAACACCCAAUACAUUUUGCGGUCGCUAUGGAUAAAUACGAGUACAAACUACCCUAUAAAAAAUACUUCGGUGGCGUUGUAGGGUUCACUAAAGAACAAUACCUUCGUAUAAACGGAAACUCCAACUUAUACUUCGGUUGGGGUGGAGAAGACGAUGAUUUAUUUGAAAGGAUUGACAACAAACAGUUCGAAAUAGCUCGUCCAUAUUUAGAUGUAGGUAAAUACGAUAUGAUACGUCAUGUUCAUGAUAAAGGGAACGAAGAUAACUGCGACAGAAGACGUUUGUUGAGAACGGCAAGGAAACGGCAGGACGUGGAAGGGUUAAACACGGUCAAGUAUAAAGUGAACUAUUUACAAUUGAAAAGUCACAUGACUUGGCUCAAUAUACAUUUUGACAUGCAGGCGAUUAUAGACACGGCUCCCGAGGAGACGAGACAAGAUAUGGAAAUGUCCUUAAAAGACUCGAAAAGCAGUUUUUGUAAUUUUUCUAGAGAUGCGCCUAUUCGUGAAUAGCAAUAAUAAUAAAAAAAAACAAUUAACAUCCAAAAUCUACUUGUUACAUAUGCGCAUCUUGCAAUAUUUUGUACUAAU